GAGAUUGGACUCGAUUACGUCCGUGCAAAACGUCAACACAAACACCCAAGAUGGACGACAGUCUUUGGUGUUUGGUGCAUCUGAUACUUCUUUCAGUUAUGUCAACGCGAAAAUGGUCGACAAGUAUCAUUUUGCUUUGUGCAUGUAUCAUUUACGUUCCUGUAAAUGUUGUUCAAGCGAAAGAAGCAUCAGUUACGAUGUCCCAUACCAUAAGAUUGCCGUCUAGACUUGGCCAGCAAAUGAUGAGGACUUCUCAUCAAUCUCGUCCGACUCCAAUACUCUCCUCCAAGACACAAGUGACGCAACCGACUUCUGGAGAACACACCAGACCACCGGUCUCAAACCAGAACUGUGAGGAUCAUAGACACAUACAAAAGUUCAGCGGUCGAUUCAUGCCAGCCGGUGGGGAUCAAGAAGUGGGCGGUCGUUUGCAUAUGCUUCCAUCUGAUGACUGUGGAAACAGAGACAUGAAUGGAUUUGCUCGGUUACCCCAGGACUGGGUGGGUGUCGUGCAUUACUCGGCCGAGACGGACGGAAGUGCCGGGGACGGGUUGGCUUCUGACUGCCCUCUGGUCAUGGACAGGGUCAGGAAAGCACUAAUGUUUGGGGCGUCGGCAAUCAUUAUCUUGACCUUGAACCAAGGGAUCAUAAAAGAGCUGGAUGUGUCACAGCUGGUGUCGAAGCCCAUCGUCGUGAUUGACAAUCCCGAGAACAUCACAGCUUUGCUCACCUUGAUCUUGAGUCAAGUGAAGUUCCACGUGAAAGUGGCAGUGAGCAGCAUGAAUGACCACAUGCUGAAAGUUCCGACGCUGACGAUGUGGUCGACGUGUGGCCGAGCCCCGGGAGGGAGAGGUGUCAUCUGUGUCGGCGAGGAGGAGCAGGCGGGCACCAGCAAGACGAACCUGAGCCAGUUCUGGCAAUGUUUCUACGCCUUCAUCUUCCUGCUGGUUCUGCUGACGGGUGUCAAGACGAGAAUGUCGGACGGCGUGUGGGACCACCAGAUGGAGUCGAGCAUGAGGAAGACGGCCCACCAUGCUAUCUCCAUGAUGAAGACAAUGAAGUACAGGAAGACGGGAGAGGAGAAGCCUCUCAUAGACACCUGCGCUAUUUGUCUGGAGGAGUUUCUGCACAAACAGAAACUACGCAUCCUCCCCUGCUCCCACCCAUAUCACACCAGAUGUGUCGACCCGUGGCUGGUGAAGAAUCGAACCUGUCCCCUCUGCAAACUGGACAUCAUCAAACAGCUGGAGGAGAGUUGAUGACAGCCGCCGGGUCCUGUAGGUCGAGUGCCGUCUGUGGUCCAGGCACGGCGUACGCCGUAGAUGAGCAGCACUCCUUGUGUAAAUGUCCGUGUGUCAGUAGUUAACGAUGACAGUGAAAGAUUUGAUUUUAAUUGAAAAUACUGUGAAACAAUGACCGUGAAAAAAUUUCAAUUUUUGUUUAAAUUGUUUGGCAGUUGAAUAUGAUUUUUAGUGCAGAUUGUACAUCUGCGAUUAAUUUUCCUAUGUGUUUAUUAGUUAGGCCUAAGUUCUUUAAGACUAUAAUUUACUUUGAAUUUUGUUUAACUGAGCAAGUUCUCUUGUUUUUUUAUUAAUCCGGAAUUUGGAUAGCCUGACAAGACAUCCAAAACAUUAAAAAGGCAAGAUAUGCAAAAGACAAGAUAUACAAAAUACAAGAUUAUUUGUUCAAAAGACAAGAUAUUCAAAAGACAAGAUCUUCAAAAGUCAAGAUUUUUUAAUGAAAAAAAAAAGAUAUGUACAGAAGACAAGAUAUUCAGAAGACGAGAUUAUAUAUUCAAAAGACAAAAUGCACAAGAAAAAAAAUCCCAAGAUAAUCCAAAGACAGCAGGAUAUGAAAAGGCAAAUUUAUAUUACUGGUUAUCUCUUUGUGAAACAGAUUUGUGUUCUCUUUUUUUUUUCAAUUGAAGUGAUGAGAUUUACUAUUAAUAUGGACCCUUAUGGCUCAUCUGUUAUUCCGCUUUGAAGGUUUUGAUGGAGAUGAUAUUACUUAUGAAAACUGGAUCAAAGCAUUGAUAUGUAUGGUGGUUUCUGACUGUGAAUGUGUUGUUACUUACAGAGACUUUGUGAUGCAAGGGGUGGGUGGGAAUCCCUUUGUUUUUGCUCUUUUGUUUUUGCUGUAUUGUUGGAAUUGUUUGUUGUAAAUUUCAGGUGUGCAUUAGUUUGAAGAUUUUUGUUUUCCGUACAAGCUUAAGUUCUUGUUGUUUUCCUCCAGGAAGACAAAGAAAAUCUAUAAAUU